AUGUACCAUUUACUACCUAGCUUCAAAAUGGUCGGCAUCGAAACAGAAAACCUCGCUGUCAACGACGGUCACUUGACACCGGAGAACGUCUCUCUCCUCCGCCCCUCACAACCAACCCUCCCACUCGAACAGCUCCGCAAGCGAUACGAAGAAGACGGCUACCUCUUCCUCAAGCAAGUCCUCCCCCGCCAGGACGUACUCGCCGCCCGCGAAGCAUACUUCUCCUUGUUGGAAUCGACAGGAGUGCUCAAGCCCGGCACUGCACCCGUCGAAGGAAUCUUCGAUCCAGCCAAAAGCCACCUCGACUACCCGGGUAUCGGAGCAGGUCAUGCAGGCGGGAACGGAAGACCUGGCGGCGACAAAGCAGCUGCAUUUGUUGAUCUUGCUCUCGAGGCUCACUAUCAGGACUGGUACGCAAAGAAGUUCUGUAACCAUCCAGCGUUGUACGACUUCAUUGCGCGCUUCUCGGAUUGGGGGAAGGAUACAUUGAGCUUGCGCCGGACGCUUUUGCGGAAUAAUCUCCCCGGGUCAAAGCCGAUUGGCGUGCACUACGACCAGAUCUUUUUGCGACAUGGUGAUCCGACUAGUAUCACUGCUUGGGUACCCAUGGGAGAUAUUAAGCUUAAUGGGGGUGGACUUAUCUAUCUGGAGAACGGAGACACGAUUGGGCUUGAGAUGGAAGAGGCCUUCUAUACCAAAGCGAAGGAAGCUGGGUUGAGUGAUGAGGAGGCCAAGUCAGCUUUCAACUCAAAUAUGAUGUCCACCGGCUUACUCUCUGAGCAUCCGUCUGACUUUGCUCGUGAGCAUGGUCGCCGAUGGCUGGUAUCGGCAUAUGAGGCCGGUGAUGUGGUAUUGCAUAAACCUCAUAUGAUUCAUGCUUCCACUGUCAACAACGAUCCAGACAAUAUUAUCCGUCUGGCGACAGAUCUACGAUUCUGCGAUUCGUCCAAGCCUUAUGAUAAAAGAUGGAUGAACUUUUAUACCUUCGGCGAUGGCGUGUAG